UUCCUGUUAAUAUCACAGCCUGGAGAAGGAGCAAUGUCAAGAACCUGACGAGAUUCUACAGUGAUAACAACUUCAAGAUGCCCAGAGUAAUUCAGCCACUUAGUGAUACUGAUAAACAGCGCAUCCAAAAAAAUUGGAGUUUUUUAAAAGAAGAGCUACAACAAGAUGAAAUCAGGGAUGUGUUUAUGGAUAAAGGUAUUUGGGAUCUCAAGGACUUUAAUGAAAUUGAUGCAAUGCUUACUCCAGUAAAAAAGAAUGAAGUUUUCCUGAGGCUAUUAUUAACAUCGGGUCCCGAGGCAUACAAAGUUUUUGUUGAUGCUUUGAAAGCAAAACAGUCUGAUCAUAUUACAGAUAGACUUGAUAAUACACCAAUUGAAGAAAAACAACAGCCAGUGCAAGUGGACCGCUAUGCAGAACUCACUGAUGCUCAGAGAUCACUUUACCUCACGGAACAAAACCUACUCAAAUUCAACAGAUGUUUCGGAAGUGAUGUUGAAAUAGUUGGGAAAGCUUUGCUUCUUACACAAUCUGAUAUUGAUGUUAUAAGAAUGGAAAACCCAUAUUCUGCAAUCACUCAGAUUCAUAAGAUAAUUCUCAAAUGGAAAUAUAGAAAUGGAAGAAAUGCAACUUUGGGAGAAUUAACCAGGUGUUUUAUGGAUGCCGAAAUUGCUGGGGCAAGAGUGGAUUGGGACAUGUUCGAUCAAGGUGUUAACUAUUUGACACAGAAUAUGUAGCUUAGAAUAUUGAACAUUUAGCAGUAUUGAAGGAGACACGCAACGUACAUUACCUAUUCAUUUCAAACUAUGAUGCGUAUGACCUUAACUAAGUUGAAUGUUGAUAUCUCAAACAUCAAAUACAAUAAAUUAAAUACCAUGGAUAUGUUGAAGGGUGAUGAAAUUCUUUUUUAUAUAGGAAAAAAAGGUGGUCGCAAUUCUACCAAGGAAUGUACAUAUUGUACACUUUCUGAACAUGUAUUGAUCCUUUGGAAAGAUUUCAUGAGUAUUUGAACUAAUACUGCCUCAAAAUUUUGUCAUAUUUUUAAGUUUGAUAGAAUGUUAAUGAGACAUAAAAUCUAGAAGGUGAUUAUGCUUUUUUUCCUCUUUUUUUUAGGAGGGGGGAGUAUUUAAAAUGAUUACAUCUCAGAAAUUGGGACUUUUUUUAAAAGUAGAAAUAUCAGAAAUUAAAUAAUGACACAAAGUCUAAGGGUUGAGUCUACUUGGAGAAAAUUGCAUAUACACUGUCUGUAUUCUUUAUAUAUGGACAUCUUUGAAGAAAAACUGAACAUUGAACUGUAUGAACUAGAAUAUACUCAUGUAAUAUCUAGGUGUGCAUAGAAUAUACUCAUGUAAUAUCUAGGUGUGCAUUUUUUUAAUUCACCCAAUAACAAGAAGUGAUGUUAAGAUUUUGAAUAGUUAAGUCUCAACACAUUGAUAUUUCCUAUAUCUUUGGUAUAUUCUUUAUCCUUAAAGCUGAUUAAAGGGUUAUUCACAUCACAAUGAGCAAAUGCUUGGCAUACUUUGUUUUCUAUGCUUUCAGAUUAAGAACCAUAAUUCUGUAGAUGUCUCUUUAUAUUGGUGACUAACAGAUCUAAAUGAUGAUUCCAAGAAUCAGUAUUUUUAGCCCUUGAAUUGUUGAAUGGAAUUUGUGAUAUAAAUAUUUUUGUAUUUUUUAGCUCACCUGAGCCAAAGGCUCAAGUGAGCUUUUCUGAUCACAUUUUGUCCGUCGUCCGUCCGUCUGUCUGUCUGUAAACUUUUCACAUUUUCGACUUCUUCUAAAGAACCACUGGGCCAAUUUUGACCAAACUUGGUACAAAGCAUCCUUGGGUAAAGGGGAAUUUAAAUUGUUAAAAUGAAGGGACAUAUCCCCUCGCAAGGGGAGAUAAUCAAGAAAAGACAAAAAUAGGGUGGGGUCAUUAAAAAAUCUUCUUCUCAAGAACCACUGGGCCAGUAAAGCUGAAACUUAUGUGGAAGCAUCCUGGGGUAGUGUAGAUUCUAAAUUGUUCAAAUCAUGACCCCAGGGGGAAGGGCGGGGCUACAAUGGGGAAUCAAAGUUUUACAUAGAAAUAUAUAGGAAAAAUCUUUGAAAAUCUUCUUCUCAAGAACCACUGGGCCAGAAAAGCUGAAACUUAUAUGGAAGCAUCCUGGUAUAGUGUAGAUUCUAAAUUGUUCAAAUCAUGACCCCCGGGGGAAGGGCGGGGCCACAAUGGGGAAUCAAAGUUUUACUUAGAAAUAUAUAGGAAAAAUCUUUGAAAAUCUUCUUCUCAAGAACCACUGGGCCAGAAAAGCUGAAACUUAUGUGGAAGCAUCCUGGUAUAGUGUAGAUUCUAAAUUGUUCAAAUCAUGACCCCCGGGGGAAAGGGCGGGGCCACAAUGGGAUAUCAAAUUUUUACGUAGAAAUAUAUAGGAAAAAUCUUUUGAAAAUCUUCUUCUCAAGAACCACUGGGCCAGAAAAGCUGAAACUUUUGUGGAAGCAUCCUGGUAUAAUGUAGAUUCUAAAUUGUUCAAAUAAUGACCCCCGGGGGAUGGGUGGGGCCACAAUGGGGAAUCAAAGUUUUAUAUAGAAAUAUAUAGGAAAAAUCUUUGAAAAUCUUCUUCUCAAGAACCACUGGGCCAGAAAAAGUGAAGCUUAUGUGGAAGCAUUCUGGGGUAGUGUAAAUUCUAAAUUGUAGGAAUCAUGACCCCCGGGGGAAGGGCGGGGCCAUUAUAGGGAAUCAAAGUUUUACAUAGAAAUAUAUAGGAAAAAUCUUUGAAAAUCUUCUUCUCGGGAACCACUGGGCCAAAAAGCUGAAACAUAUGUGCCCAUGGAAGGAUCAUGUGGUAGUGUAGAUUUCAAAAUGUCUAAAUUAUGAUCACUGGGGUAGGGUGGGGAAUGCAUUAUGUAUAACAAGGGUGAAAUCUGAUAAAGAACAGAAUGGUCAAAGCUUCUCAGGUGAGCGAUGUGCCCCAUGGGCCUCUUGUUUUUCUUUUCUUAUUAAAAAGCCUAAUAUCAAAUAAGUUAGUUGCUCUUUUGAUUUUUGUUAUGCCUAUUCUGAUUACUGACAGAAUAUAUUGUGAAAAGAAAUCUCAUUUGAGAUUCGUCUGCAUUGGCUUAUUUUCUUGCAAGUUAUAGCCCUUUGACUCGCAAGAUUUAAUUUAAAUUCUAUGUUGAUAGACCCAUUCUAAUAAAAGUUCUGAAUUGAA